UCUGAGAAUGAAGAAUGUAAAAUGUAUUUCUGAAACUUUACAUUAAUCCCACUCUACAUUAAUCCCACUUAAUAAUUUAGCAAACUUUAUGGAUUGUUUUGUAUAUGAUGAAUAUAUGUUGGUAAUAGUAGCAUAAUAGCAACAUUAUCAUCAUGUACCAGAGAUUAUUUUGUUUAUUUGGGUAUUAAACCAGGAGACAUAUGGGGUGAUAUUUCAGAAUUUCCGACUGAUUUUAAUCCCUCUACCUCUUCAUACUUUGCUUAUGUACAGCUUAUUUUCUCAUUGGGCUUAUGAAAGUACCAUGCGGUCUUGCCCCUAAGGCUUAUACAGUGGCUGUAAUGCUGGGUUGAUAAAUUAGACACUUGCAGGUAAAAGAUAAACUGUAAGGUUUAUUAAAAUGAGAGUGAACUGAAGUAACAGGGUUAACACCAGAUCAGGUCACCUACCAGAUUAACCCACCACAAUACAUAAACCAAGACAAUGACAGAGUCAGAUAAACAAGCAAGUGUCAUAACCAAAAAGCCAUCACACAAGUAGAAAUAGCCAAAAGGACAAUUCCAAGAAUCUGCAACGAGAGCACAAAUCAAGGUCAUAAACGAGACAGCAGUCAAAGAAAGAACGGCUCGGUAUGCGCUGACAGAUCAGGACAACACUUCACAGAGACUUAGUGUACACAGACAGGCUUAUAUACAUGGAAACAGGUGAUGGUAAUCAAUAUUCAUGUGACUGAGAUCUGCUGGGUGGUUUGUAAUUGGCUGAUGGAGUCACAUGACAGACGGAAGGAUUCUGAGAAGUGGAGUCCAUAAAAGAACAAGAGUCCAGAAAGAGUCCAUAAGAACCAGGAAGCGUGACAAUGGUAGAUUGAAUACGACAGUCUAUGGGCAGGUUAUCACUCUCAUACAUAUUUGUAUGUAUGGAUAAAUAAUAUUAAAUUCAAUAACACUGCUAGAUAAAUGGAACAUCAUUGAAUGAAUAACAAUGAUUAUUAAUAACUGUAAUCAGUUAUUCCAUAAACAGCUAAGUAGUGUUAUCUGAAAAAUGCAGGAACCAAAAAGAGAAACAUAGAAGAAUUUCUGUAUACACACAAUAGAUCAUAAGUUAACAGUAAAGGAGGAGAACUCUGAGAAAGCAUUAUUCAUUGAAGGAACUUGUGCUAAUUAUAGACACUAAACAAUUCAUUCAUUGCGUCCCCCCUUCAAAAGCCUAACGAAGGUUUGAUCCACUUCCUACCAUCCAGGAAUCACAGAUAUACAUAGAUGCUGUCACGCAUUCAGCGGAGGAGCUGGACUUCAUCUCCCAGAGUGCUAGGGCAGACCACGUGAUCGAUCACGUGCUAGGGGACUCGGUCUUAGAAAACUCCAACCCCCAGGAUUCACAGACUGAUCACGUGGUUUCCCCAUGCACCUAUCAGCGCUCUCAGUCACCUGAUUAUUGAACUCCUUUCACCUGAUGCUCGUCCUCUACUAAUAUUUAAGCAGGGAAUCAGGUUGAGAACUUUGCGAAAGUAUUGUUUAGACAAUCACUGAGCGUUCCCUGAUUCUGUUGUUUUGUGUAUUUCGUGUAUCGACCCUUGGACGAGUUUACCCGUGUAUGAUUUGUGUUUUGCCCCUUGGAUACUGUUGCCCUUUUUUCAGAUGGUUUCAUGUUUUCGAUUACUGGACUGGACCUUUCACUGUGAGUUGUGUUUUACUCUUUGGACUGAGUGGAUCAUUAAAAUCACCACAUCUUAUUUGUGAGCGUCUGCGAAUCUGUCUGACCGUCACAGAUGCCCUGUUGCGUUCAGCCGGACACGCCGAUGAUGCUGCCCAGCUGCAUUCAGUACCAAUAUAGAGUGUCAGUUUAAGACAGGUACUUUCCAAAAUGAUACUAUCUGAAGAAUACUGCGCUCAGAAAGUGUGAGAGGAUUAUAUGAAGAGAAUGCAGCGGUCCAUACUCAUGAUAGCCUGAGGUUUAUAUAUAGAUAGGGCCGUGUGGUUGGUGAUGUAGGUAGAACAUGUUGGUGUGAUUGUUUUUCCCUUGGUCUUGUAUAGAUGUUUUAUUUAAUGGCCUGUUCAGGGCUCUUCACUUGAUGUAGUACUUUAUUCAUUUAUUUACAAUGAUUGUUAAUGCUGAGUAAGCACUGUAAGUAAGGCUUUUACUCACCAACUAUUUAAUUGAAUUUUGCCAUUCCACCUUAAAUGGUGCAGGCUCAAUUGCCACAAUGUAGCUACUGCACUAUCUAGUGAGAAACUAGAAAAUUCGAACAGGAAGCUGACGAUUAAGAACCAGACUUUAGCUCUGUCCUUCAAACUGGGUUUUAGGGGUUUCAUUAGAUUUUUAUGUGCAUGGAGAUUAAAAGUGUGUCACACUUUGCUGAUCUGUUUCUACAGGAGUUUACGCACAACCAGCACAAUGACAAUUAUUAAAAAGAAAUAAAAGCUAGUUCAGUCCAUGUAAUCUUGAAUAAUCUAUCUCUGACAAUAACUUUAAAUAUUUAUAUAUAACUUUAUAAUUAUGAUUUCUUUCUGUCUGUUGUCCCUCACUAACAGUGACAUGAAAAAUGGUCACUACCAGUCAGGAUUCAUUGUUGUAGGGAUUCUCAAUGCUUAUGUAAUAUAUUUGUUUAAUGCACAGAUGUAUAAUAAGAGUAAUUUUUUUCUGAGGGUUCUUUUGGUGGAACAACAACUGAUCCACAUGUUCUGCUGUUAGUGCACUUCUCUGUGCAGGGAUUAUGUUGCUUGCUGUGGAGAACACAGCUAUGCGUGUCCCCCUGUAUUCCACAUUUGAGUUUUCUUUAGUUGCCGUGGUCUCAUCAUGUGUUGGAGCCCCAAAUAUCCUCCUUAGCAACAGGACUGAAACACAGAGAGCUGCUUCACCUGUGUCCAGCUGUGUGUCUAUGAAGAGUGACAUGUCUAUUAGAAUUCCACCUCAAUUCAGCAGGGGACCUGUGCCCUCUGAACAAAGGCAGCACAUCACAAAAGCAGAACUGCAGACAAACACAACGGUGGAGGUGAGUGGAGAUCUGCAGCAGGAUUCAUACCAACCAGCAGAUGAUAUCCUGCAUAGAGUUGUGCAGACACACAAAAACAGCAUGAAGAACAGAUAUGAGAGCUUAUUUGAGGGACUCAAAACACAAGAGAAUAAAACCCUCCUGAACAGGAUUUAUACUCAGCUCUACAUCAUAGAGGGAGAGAGUGAAGGAGUGAAUGAAGAGCACGAAGUUUUACAGAUUGAAAAAAAACUCUGGGACCAACACUUGCAGGAUACACCAAUUAACUGUUUAGAUAUAUUUAAACUAAAAGACAGAAUCAGAACUGUGAUGACUGAAAAUAAAGGUUCACAAGUGCAGAAACUCAGGGCUGUACUGACUAAAGGCAUUGCUGGCAUUGGAAAAACAGUCUCUGUGCAGAAGUUCAUUCUGGACUGGGCUGAAGGAAAAGCCAAUCAGGAUGUAGAUUUGAUGUUUGUGCUUCCAUUCCGAGAGCUGAACCUGAUUGAAGAUCACCAGUACAGUCUUCAUAGACUUCUGUGUGACUUCCAUCCUGAGCUCAGAGACCUGGACACAAAGAAAUAUGAUGAGUAUAAAAUAGUGUUUAUAUUUGAUGGCCUGGAUGAAAACAGAAUUCCACUGAACUUCUUACAGUGUGAGAACCUGUCAGACAUAACCAAGGUAUCAUCAUUGGAUGUGAUAAUGGUGAACCUCAUCAAAGGAGAGCUGCUUCCAUCUGCUCGCAUCUGGAUAACCUCUCGACCGGCAGCAGCCAAUCAGAUCCCUCGUCAGUACAUCAACCGUGUGACAGAAAUUCAGGGAUUCAAUGACCCACAGAAGGAGGAGUACUUCAGAAAGAGAAUCAGUGACCAAGACCAAGCCAACUUCAUCAUCUCACACAUUAAGCAAACAAGGAGCCUCCACAUCAUGUGCCACAUUCCAGUCUUCUGUUGGAUUUCAGCCACUGUGCUUCAGCACAUAAUGAAACAGGGUAUUACAGAAAUCCCUAAAACUCUGACUGCAAUGUAUUCACACUUCCUGAACAUUCAGACCAUCAUGAGGAAUGAGAAGUAUGAGGAAAAUUCUAAAAUGAAUCCAAAUUAUCUUUCGGGAUCCAACAGAAAGUUGCUUCUGAAACUGGCUGAACUGGCUUUCAAACAGCUGAUGAAGGGCAAUGUGAUGUUCUAUGAAGAAGAAGUGAGAGAGUGCGGCAUUGAUGUCACUGAAGCCUCAGUGUACUCUGGCAUUUGUACUGAGAUCUUUAGAGAAGAAUCUUUGCUUUAUCAGAAGAAGGUCUACUGCUUUGUUCAUCUGAGCUUUCAGGAGUUCCUGGCUGCUCUCUAUGUGUUUUACUGCUAUGUGAGCCAGAACAUGGAGGAACUGCGAGUUUUUAAGAUACAGAACACAAAGCAGUCUGACAGCAUUUUAUUGGAAGAUCUGCUAAGAGGGGCUUUACAAAAAAAUGUAGACAGUGAAAAUGGAAACUUCGAUCUAUUUCUCCGCUUUCUGCUGGGAAUUUCAAUGGAGUCCAAUCAACAGCUCUUAAAACACCUUCUGACUCAAACAGUGAGCAGUUCAGAGAGCAUCAACAAAACAGUUCAGUACAUUAAAGACCUAAUACCACAAGAGAAUCUUUCUUCAGAGAAGUCCAUCAACCUGUUCCUCUGUCUCACUGAAAUGAAUGACCAGUCUUUAUCCAGACACAUUGAGGAAUAUCUAAAAUCCAAUAAAGGCUUGGAAAAGACACUCUCUCCUGAAGAGUGUUCAGCACUAGCCUACAUGCUUGUGACUGCUGAGGAGGUGUUUGAUGAGCUGAACCUGAAGAAUUACAACACAUCCUGGAGUGGUCAUUUGAGAUUGAUCCCAGCUGUGAGCAACUGCAGAAAGGCUAUACUAGCUGACUGUAAACUCAAAAAACAUUCCUGUGAAACUCUCUGCUCUGCUCUGAAAUCAACAAAGUCACUCCUGAAAGAACUUGACCUCAGUAACACUGGCCUGCAGGAUUCAGAGGGGAAGAUGGUCACUGCUGGAUUGAGGAGUUCAAACUGUGUACUUGAGAUCCUCAGAUUAUCGUCAUGUAAUAUUGGGAGAAAUUCCUGCGAAAAUCUGGUAUCAGCUUUACAGCUGGUAAACUCCUCCCUGAAAGAGCUGCACCUCAACAAUAAUGACCUUCAGGAUUCAGGAGCAGAGCUGCUCUCUGCUGGAAUGAAGAGUCCACACUGUAAACUGGAGAUACUCCGACUAGAUUCAUGUAAUGUUGAGGAAAAAUCUUGUGAAAUUCUGGGAUCAGUACUGCAACUGAUAAACUCCUCCCUGAAAGAUCUGGACCUCAGUAACAAUGACCUUCAGGAUUCAGGAACAGAGCUGCUCUCUGCUGGACUGAAGAGUCCACACUGUAAACUGGAGAUACUCAGGUUAUCUGGUUGUAUGAUUACAGAGGAAGGCUGUUCUGCUCUGGGUUCAGCUCUGCGUUCAAACCCCUCACACCUGAAAGAACUGGAUCUGACCUACAACCACCCAGGAGAUACAGGAGUGAAGCUGCUCUCUGCCAGACUGGAGGAUCCACACUGCAGACUGGAGACUCUCAGAGUGGAUUAUGGGGGGGAGGUGUGGAUGAAACCAGGACUAAAGAAAUAUUCCUGUGAUGUCACUCUGGACCCAAACACAGCAAACACACGUCUCUCUCUGAGUGAGGAGAACAGAAAGGCGGUGCGUGUGGAGGAGAGACAGACGUAUCCUGAUCAUCCAGAGAGAUUUGAUUACUGGGAGCAGGUUCUGUGUAGAGAGAGUCUGACUGGACGCUGUUACUGGGAGGCUGAGUGGAGCGGAGAUGUUUAUAUAGCAGUGACUUAUAAAGGAAUUGGGAGGAAAGGAGGCAGUGACUGUCAGUUUGGAUGGAAUGAAAAGUCCUGGAGUCUCAGCUGCUCUAAUAUCAGAUAUUCUGUCUGCCACAAUAACAUCAGCACUGCUGUCUCUGCUCCCUCCUCUCAGUCUAACAGAGUAGGAGUGUAUCUGGACUGUCCGGCCGGCUCUCUGUCCUUCUACAGCGUCUCCAGGGAAACACACAGACUGACCCUCUUACACACUUUCAGCUGCUCCUUCACUGAACCGCUUUACGCUGGAUUUGGACUUUAUAGUUCUGACUCUUCAGUGUGUGUGAGAUAGAAUAUAGAUGUGAGCUGGAGUUUGUAGGACCGACACUCACAUACUGAGAUAUUUCACAGUCACUGCCUGGAGAUUUUGUUGUUCUCCAUGUUUUAUUAUUUGUAGCUACAUCGACUUUCUGUCCACUUUCUGCUCAAAUUACAGAGAUUAAAUGAAGCUGCAUGAAAAUAUUCUCUUCUAAUGGGGAAUAAACUGCUUCAUGUAUUGAUGGAAUAAUCUUUACCUUACAUUACAUUACAUUUAGCAGACGCUUUUAUCCAAAGCGACUUACAAAUAAUGAGGUACAUAGAACAAACAUAGUCAGGCCUUAAAGGACCUGUUCCGGACCUGUUCCGUUUGUCUGCCGGCUGUGUUUGUCUUAUUGUACUUGUGAGGACAAGGGCAUGGACUGAAAUUCACCCCCGACUGAGAUUCUCAGUCAUUGGUGAGUCUCACAGAAUGGAAUUGACUCUGUUGAUUCAAUUGAGUCGUUUCCAUCCAGCCUAUCCGCUCUGUACCGAGUCAAACUCCUUUUAGUGAUUAAUAUGAGUCUUUAUAUAAAUUAUAUCUAUUUGUCUAAACAUAUACAUAUAUAAAAUACCAUGUAGCGUAACAUGUUUCCUAAGAGAGACUCAGUUGUUCGCGCUCUUCUACUGUAUUAAUGAGGAAUAAAGCGAGGGGCCGAGAUUCUGUUCAUGUAUUUGAUGUGUUAUUUACCUAUAAGAUACACAUGUGUACUUACAAAACCUUUCUUCCACCUGAGCUCAGGACAUUCCCUCAUCAGCAUAACCAGAGAUUUAUCCUCAGAUUAAUGAUCCUGUUUGAUCAAUGUCACUUCUGUUCUGUGAUGUUUUGGCUACCGUGUGAUUUAAUAAAUGGGAAAAUGCUUCA